AACAUCGAAAUAAUCCUUUCCAAACCCCGAGGAGAUGGGGAAGGAAAACCACAAGAGACCAUAAAAAACUUCCUCUGAUAGAGAGGAGACAGAGAGAGAGGAGGAGCUUUAUUUCGAAUGCUCCUGACUCCUCCUCGGUUCCUCUUCCUCUCGAGCCCUUCACUGCAGUAGCAUCAUUCAAGCUGGACCCAAAGCAUCCCAGAUCAAAUCAAACCCGCUGGUUUGGCCUUCCGUUUUGAGGGAUUCUAUAUCUAUAGGCUUGUCCAUGGCAUCAGUUACUUAUCUUGAUGAUGCCCAUUCUGAAGUUAUCGAUCCUCCAAAGAACGAGGAGAUGCUGGAUGUUACUGAACUUGUUGAUGAUCACACCCAGCAUUCACCAAAACCGAAUGCGAUGGUCUCUGGCAAUGUGCGUGAGCUACUGGAAUGCCCUGUGUGUCUAAAUGCCAUGUAUCCUCCAAUUCAUCAGUGCUCCAAUGGUCAUACUCUAUGUUCCGGAUGCAAGCCCAGGGUUCACAACCGCUGCCCAACUUGCAGACAUGAAUUGGGUAACAUAAGAUGCCUUGCUCUGGAAAAGGUAGCUGCAUCACUAGAGCUUCCAUGCAAAUAUCAGAACUUUGGGUGCUUGGGCAUAUAUCCUUAUUACUGCAAGCUGAAGCAUGAGUCACAGUGCCAAUACAGGCCCUAUACUUGCCCAUAUGCUGGAUCUGAAUGCACUGUUGCUGGUGACAUUCAGUAUCUAGUAAGUCACUUGAAAGAUGAUCAUAAGGUUGACAUGCACAACGGAAGCACCUUCAAUCACCGUUAUGUCAAAUCAAAUCCUCAUGAAGUUGAGAAUGCUACCUGGAUGCUCACGGUUUUCAGCUGUUUCGGCCAGUACUUUUGCCUGCACUUUGAGGCAUUCCAGUUGGGCAUGGCACCUGUCUACAUCGCCUUCCUACGGUUCAUGGGAGAUGAUGCAGAAGCCAAGAACUAUAGCUACAGCCUGGAGGUCGGAGGCAGUGGUCGGAAGAUGACCUGGCAAGGCGUCCCCCGAAGCAUCAGAGACAGUCACAGGAAAGUUCGGGACAGCUACGACGGCCUUAUCAUCCAGCGGAACAUGGCCUUGUUCUUCUCCGGUGGCGACAAGAAGGAGCUCAAACUGCGUGUCACCGGAAGGAUUUGGAAGGAGCAGUGAAUCACAACAUCUCUAACUUCUCGUUGCGACUGUUAGUUUGAUUGCGACAUGGAUCUUGAUUCUUGAAUUUCCAGGGUGAAAUGGGAUUAAUGCGUAAGCGAAUUGCUCCGGGAACUAGCUAGGCAGGACCUUGUAAGAUUGUAGACUGUCUUAGCUACCAGCUGCCAUUCUUCUUCUAGUGGUUCAGGAACAUUUUGUAUGGAUGAUUGUCUCGUGGCACUGAUGUAGUAGAAUUGAAGGCAAAUCUCUUCUUUGCUCUUAACUUCUCCAAGAAUUAGCCAAUCUGGCGAAUCUUCUGAUGGUGACUCUGCCAAAUGUAAAUGAUGUAGCUCUCCCCUUUGUAUGAUUCAAAUCUAUGUCAGGCCACCAUUGUUUUGCCGGAAAUGUACCCCUGCCAAACCUGCAUUUGCUCCUACUACUACAUGUUCAGCUGUAAAUUUGAACA